ACCUGCUUUGUGUUAAUGCAGCCCUGUGUUCUGCCUGCAGGCCACGUGCUGGCGGAGGAGGAGGCCCGCAAGGCGCACCACCUGUGGCUCUCUGUGGAGGCUCUGAGCUUCACGCUGAAGACGGCAGAGGCGGACGUGCCCACGAAGCCUCUGGAGGGCGCCGCCCAGAGCGUGCGGGACAGCUGCCAUGACAACAACUUCGCCCUGGCGCUGGCCUCGGCGCUGCCCGAGGAGUCGCUGCAGCGCGGCGUGUACAGCGAGGCGUCUCUGCGCGCUCGCUUCAACGCGCUGCGCUCGCUGGCCCGCCGCGUCGCUCUAGUCGAUGAAACUCACAACUCCCUGUACCAGUACUUCCUGUCCUACCUCCAGGCUGCACUGCUGUUCGAGGAUAAACAGGAAGCCCCCCCCGCCCAGCUGAGCAGUGACGACCUGGAUCCAUUCAAGAUCCUGUCGUACGCCAGCUUCUGCUUAGAGCACGGAGACCUGGAGCUGGCCGCCAAGCUGGUGAACCAGCUGAGAGGAGAGGCCCGUCGCGUGGUGGAGGACUGGCUGACGGAGGCCCGGCUCACCCUGGAGACCCGGCAGGUGGUCAGCCUGCUGUCUGCCUACGCAAACGCUGUGGGGCUUGGGACCACCCAGGCCCCCUAGGCUGGCCCUCAAAGGAACAGCCACUGAGAAUGUGAGGAGAGCUGCAGGCUCACAGGGAGCAGAGCGUGGAGCAAAACAGCCGAAGAGGCUAGAAGAGAUUUCCAGUGGUGUAUUCCUUUGGAGUUGGCUAAAGUUAAGGAAGAGGUUCAUGUUCAGAUACAACUGAAGUUUAUUUGCUUCAAAGCACUACGUCACUGUGGAGGAUCAUUUGUAAAAUAAAAUGAAUGCACCUUCUCCUCUCGUCUGUCCAGGCCCACAGCCUUUGCUUCAGGUAUUUAUUUCUAACCAACCCCCCCCCCACCAGCCUAAUACCCCCACUGAUUGAAGAAUAUGUAAUGCUUGAUUUUAUGUUUGUCACAACUGCAUAUGUUUCAAUAAAUCAUGAAGAAUGG